AUGUCCAUGAAACAGGCUCUCGAUAUCCUGAAGUCAGUUCCACUGAUUGACGGCCACAACGACUGGCCGCAUCUUAUCCGCGGUUUUUAUGACAAUCAACUGAACGAUCGCUUCGAGCCCGAGAAAGAUCUAGUAGGGCAUGUCGAUCUCAAGCGUCUCAGAAAUGGAAAGUCUGGUGGUGCUUUCUGGAGUGUCUAUGUAGACUGCCCAGAAUCAGAAGACUUCACCGACGACGCAGCACAUCUAGAGACAUUGCGAGAUACAUUACAGCAAAUCGAUCUAGUACAUCGACUAGUGGAUAUGUAUUCAGACCACAUGGGUCUCGUCGAUCGUGCCUCGGAUGUUAUGCGCCUGUUCAAGGAUGGGAAAUUUGCCAGCCUAAUCGGAGUCGAAGGGUUACAUCAAAUUGCAAACAGCUCGAGCGUUCUUCGAUUGUAUCACAGACUUGGAGUUCGAUAUGUCACACUGGCACACAAUAAAAACAAUCUCUACGCAGAUAGCGCGACUGCAAUCAUCCCUGCGCACGACGGGCUAUCUGCCGAGGGAAAAUUAAUGGUCAGGGAAAUGAACAGAAUUGGAAUGAUCAUUGACCUCUCACAUACGAGUGAAGCUGUGAUGCAUCAAGUUUUGGAUAUCUCUGAAGCCCCUGUGGUCUUCUCUCAUUCUUCAACUGCAUCGAUUGUCCCACACCCUCGCAAUGUCCCCGACACCGUCCUCGAGAAACUCCGAAUCAACAAGGGCGUGAUUAUGAUCACAUUUAUCCCAUCUCUUGCCCACGUCGAUGCCACAAGAGCGAAUAUGGAGCAUGUCAUUGAUCACAUUAUGCAUGCUGGCAAACUUAUUGGCUACGACCAUAUUGGGAUUGGGUCCGACUACGAUGGCAUGUUUAGUGCUGUGGAAGGAGUCGAGGAUGUUGCUCGAUACCCCCAUUUGGUGGCUAGAAUGCUCGAACGAGGCAUUGUCCGGUCGGACGUGGAAAAAGUCAUAGGGCUUAAUCUGAUCCGAGUUCUCAAAGACGUGGAGCUGCAAUCUAUUUCAAGCAAAGCGCAGAGACCGUUCAUGCAGGAUGAGGUGAAGCAAUUGUGGAAUGAGAAAUUUCGAGGCUUUGUGAGAGAGGCUUAUCCUCGUGCGGAGAGGGAUUUACCCAGAACCUCAUUGCCGGAGGCAAGGAAGUGA